AUGAACCAAGGAACCAAGAGUAUACUACUGGCUGCCACGCUAGCAGCCAUCCCCUGGCAAGUCUACGGCUCCAUCGAGCAGUCCAGCCUCCUGCCAAUACCACCCAUGGGUUUCAACAAUUGGGCCCGCUUCAUGUGCGACCUCAACGAGACCCUGUUUACCGAGACUGCCGAUGCGAUGGCUGCUAACGGUCUGCGGGACGCAGGCUACAAUCGCAUCAAUCUGGAUGAUUGCUGGAUGGCUUAUCAGCGAUCCGACAAUGGAUCCCUACAGUGGAACACGACUAAGUUCCCACACGGCCUGCCUUGGCUAGCUCAAUAUGUCAAAGCCAAAGGGUUUCAUUUUGGAAUCUAUGAAGAUUCUGGCAACAUGACUUGUGGCGGAUACCCCGGAUCCUACAACCACGAGGAGCAGGACGCCAACACCUUUGCUUUAUGGGGGAUUGACUAUCUCAAGCUCGACGGUUGCAAUGUCUACGCAACACAAGGUAGGACACUCGAGGAGGAAUACAAGCAACGCUACGGACAUUGGCACCAAGUCCUCAGCAAGAUGCAGCACCCACUGAUCUUCUCCGAGUCAGCCCCGGCAUACUUCGCGGGCACAGACAACAACACAGACUGGUACACCGUGAUGGACUGGGUCCCGAUCUACGGGGAGCUGGCCCGCCAUUCUACCGAUAUCCUGGUGUACAGUGGAGCAGGUAGCGCAUGGGACAGCAUUAUGAAUAACUACAACUACAACACUCUUCUUGCGCGCUACCAGCGACCGGGGUAUUUCAAUGAUCCUGAUUUUCUGAUCCCGGAUCAUCCUGGCCUGACGGCGGAUGAAAAGCGAUCGCAUUUUGCACUGUGGGCUUCUUUCUCGGCUCCACUUAUUAUCAGUGCUUAUAUACCUGCACUUUCGAAGGAUGAGAUUGCCUUCUUGACGAACGAGGCAUUGAUUGCGGUGAAUCAGGAUCCCCUGGCGCAGCAGGCCACGUUUGCGAGCCGCGAUAACACACUGGAUAUAUUGACGCGUAAUCUGGCAAACGGCGACAGGCUGCUGACGGUGCUUAAUAAGGGAAACACAACUGUAACGAGGGACAUUCCCGUACAAUGGUUGGGUCUUACAGAGACUGACUGUACAUACACGGCCGAGGAUCUCUGGGAUGGCAAGACCCAGAAGAUCAGCGACCAUAUAAAGAUUGAACUAGCCAGCCAUGCGACAGCAGUCUUCCGGCUCGGUCUUCCGCAGGGUUGUUCCUCGGUAGUGCCAACGGGACUUGUCUUCAACACAGCAUCGGGCAAUUGUCUGACCGCUGCCUCAAAUUCUUCAGUCGCAUUUCAGUCCUGCAAUGGAGAGACCUCUCAGAUCUGGCAGGUGACACUGUCAGGAGUCAUUCGUCCAGUAUCGCAGACCACACAAUGCUUGGCUGCUGAUGGAAACUCAGUUAAGCUGCAAGCAUGUGACAGCACGGAUAGCGACGGCCAGAACUGGACGUAUGCAGUCACGGGAAAUUUAAAGAAUGCGAAGACAGAUGGUUGCCUGACUGAGGGAUCAGUGCAGAUGAAGUCGUGUCUUUAUGAGAGGGAUGGCCAGGUAUUUGGUCUCCCAAGUGGCGUUCAGUUGUCGUAG